CUCCCUUCUCUCCCUUCCUUUCUCUUCCCGUCCACUCUGCUGCACAGUGAAUGCACUGUUUCACUCCAGGUCUCUCACUGAUUCCCUAGAGUACUUGCAUGAUACUUGGAAGCCACUCUAUCUCGUGUACGUGCUUGUCACGUCUGGGAGUAGCAAUGACGUCUACCAGCCCUCCUACGCUGACCACAAUCUUUACACCACCACCAUCAUGUACUACCGACACUUGGAUGAUUGAGAACCUGUCAGGUACAGAUUAUUACACGACAACUGUCACGACAGGCCUCACUGGCUGGUGGCUGAACCUUGGCCCGACGGACUGGAGUACUUGCUUCCCUUCGGGCUAUGCACAGGCGACUGACUUUUACUACUCUCCUGGUAUUUGUCCCUCGGGCUAUUGGACUGCCUUCCAAUCGGCCUAUACUUCUAGUGGCGAGGCUGCUGAAACCCAUGCCACAUGCUGUCUAAUUAACUACAGCGUCCAGACCCGAAGCAAUCUGCUUUGGUUUACCACGAACCAAUGUACCUCCCGACAUACCGAGCUGAGCGUUUGGACCUACACUCAAGGGGGAGUGGUUUCUAGCUUGACGACCACAGCGGAUGGUAUCAACGCCAAGGGGGUCUCUAUUCGCUGGCGUGCCUCGGACCUUAUUACCGUUACUACGACGAGCUCAUCGCAAAUCACAACUAGCACAGGGAUACGUGGUCUCACAACAACACCAACACCAACAUCGACACCCCAGGAAACACAUUCGUCCAGCAGCGGGCUUUCGACAGGAGCCAAAGCAGGCAUCGGCGUCGGUGUAGCUGUUGGCGCUCUUCUCAUAUUCGCGGUGAUAGUUCUGAUAUGGAUGUUGCGCCGGAAGGGCAAGAAAGAUGAUCCUUCUUCCGACAGCAUAGAGCCUACAUACCGCAACAGAUAUAUGCCGCCCACAGAACUUGAAGAUAAUGGAGCAGCGUACGGGUACACGGAAGCCAAGCACGGCGACUCAAGCAAGCACUCAAGCAAGCCAAAGCCACUUCAUGAGCUCGACUCAAAACACAUUGCUGCGGAGCUGCCCGCGCAAUGA